GACUUUUUUUUGCUUUAAUUUUUGUUUGCUUUAGACGCUGACAAGGCAUUACUCCGAAAUACAAGGGAUGUAAGAAAGAAAGAAAAACUCAAAAAAAAAAAACAAAAACAAAAUAGCUGAUCGCAAGAAAAAGAUUUCAAAAGGGAAAAAAAGAGAGAACAAAAUGCCAGAAAUUACACAUUAAAAUUUGUGGGCAUUUCACGAACAAAAUUUCUGCUGAAAUCAUUCAUUCGCCUGCAAAACCCUUUUGAUUCCAGGAAAAAAAAAGGGUUAAUAAAACAACCCUUUUAAUAUUUAGCUGAAAAGGUUCAGUCUUCGUUGGAUCUUUUUUGCUCUGCCAGAGUCAUUGAAACCCACGAAAUAGAGUUUAAAGGAAAAAAAAAAGGGGGAAAGGGCAUGCUCCAGAUUCAUUCUUACUUGGCUGCAUUAUUUUUUCUAAAGUGGAUGGAAAGGUAAAAAGAAAUUUUCCAUUUUUUUUUUUGGUUUUAGUGCCAUUGUAUUGGAGAAUGUGGUACAGAAUUUUUGUUUGAAGGAUCAAGAAUUCGUUGAAUUUCAAUUGGAAGGUUGAAGAGAUAUUCCCCAAUGCUUCUAAAUUUCACUGGCAAAGUCAAUUCAGCUGCUCCAGAGCUGAAUCAUGAUUAGUUUAUGAGUCUUGAAUAACUCUUGUGGGGUGGUGGCAAAAAGUUUGGGCGUUCUUCUUAGUAUUUUGUGUUUGUGAACUUGAAUUUAGUAUUUCAACGUCAUGCAUCAAUUAUGGUGAUGUUAUGAUGGGGUAAAUGAAAAGGGACCGGCUUCUGUGAUAUUUUCGUAUUCGAAAGAGUAGGUGUUGGAGAGGGAGGAAUUAGUUUUUGGGCUGUGGAGGUUCAAAUGGGUUCUGGGCUCUUCAUAGUGUCUAUAGAUUGCAUCGUGAAUGGCUGAUUUGCUGAGGCCUACUACUCUUGCUGAGAGAGACAUUGACCAGGCCAUUACAGCACUGAAAAAGGGGGCUUUUCUUUUGAAGUAUGGGCGGAGAGGGAAACCAAAGUUCUGCCCGUUUCGAUUAUCCAGUGAUGAAUCUGUAUUAAUAUGGUACUAUGGCAAAGAGGAGAAACAACUUGAUCUGCGCCAAGUCUCGAGGAUAAUUCCUGGGCAGCGUACUGCAAUAUUUCAGCGCUACCCUCGUCCGGAGAAGGAAUAUCAAUCAUUUUCUCUCAUAUACAAUGACAGAUCCUUAGAUGUGAUAUGCAAAGAUAAAGAUGAAGCUGAAGUAUGGUUUGCAGGUCUAAAAGCACUUAUUGCUCAGGGUUCCUACCGCAAGGCUAGAAAUGAAGCAAAGACCGAGACAUCAUCAUGUGAGAGUCCACGUGGUCGAAAAGCCUUCCCAUCAAAUCUAUCUUCUGAUCAAGGAGACACUCCACGGCCCGAAAGCAUUCCGCAAAGCAGAUUGGGGAAAGCCUUUGCUGAUAUUGUUUCAUAUACAGCAACAUCAAAGAAUCCUUUACCAGCUGAAACAGUUACAAGUUCUAUUGGCUCUCUUUUACCUGGGCCCACAGAUAACUCAAAUGGCCGGAGUUCAACAGGCGAUACUAAUCGAGUUAGUUUGUCCAGUGCUGUAAGUUCAUCUAGCCAGGGAUCAUGUCGUGAAGAUUUUGAGUGUUUGGGAGAUGUUUUCAUUUGGGGAGAAGCCACUGGUGAAGGAUUACUGGGUGGUGGAGAACUUAGAGUUGGUGAACUUUCUAACAGCAAAAUAAAUGCCAAUAUACCUAAAGCUCUGGAUUCGACCAUGGUUCUUGAUGUCCAGAGUGUUGCUUGUGGUGAUAAGUAUGCUAUAUUAGUUACUAAACAUGGGGAAGUAUUCAGCUGGGGUGAGGACAAAGGAGGCAGGUUGGGUCAUGGACUUGAGACUGAUCUUUCCAAUCCCAAGCUUGUUGGGGCUCUUAGUGGUAUGAGCAUUGAAAUGGUAGCAUGUGGGGAGUACCACACCUGUGCUGUCACCCUUUCCGGAGAUCUGUACAGCUGGGGUGAUGGCACUCAUAAUUGUGGUUUGCUAGGGCAUGGAAGUGAAGCCAGUUACUGGAUCCCUAAGAAAAUCAAUGGCUUUAUUGAAGGCAUCCAGGUGUCGUAUGUAUCUUGUGGUCCUUGGCAUACUGCCGUAAUAACAUCUGCUGGACAGUUAUUUACAUUUGGUGAUGGAACAUUUGGUGCAUUAGGCCACGGAGAUCGCGCUGGCACCUAUACUCCCAGAGAAGUUGAAUCCUUGAAAGGACUACGGACUGUAAGGGUUGCUUGUGGUGUCUGGCACACUGCUGCUGUUGUUGAAAUUAGUGUGGCUUCCAACCCUGGACUAUCAGAUGGUUGUUUGUCGGGUAGUUUGUUCUCUUGGGGCAAUGGAGAUGAUGGACAACUUGGUCACUGUGAUAAGAAAUGUAGGUUAGUCCCCCAACAUGUUGCUGCAUUGGAUAGUUUGAGUUUUUCUCGGGUAGCCUGUGGACAGAAUCUAACUGUUGCUCUGACUACAGCUGGGAAAGUGUAUACAAUGGGUAGUAUUGUUCACGGCCAGUUGGGAAAUCCUUUAGCUAAUGGGAAGGACCCCACUUGUGUUGAAGGCAAAAUAGCUAACAGUUUUGUCGAGGAGAUCGCUUGUGGUUCACAUCAUGUUGCUGUUUUGACUUCAAAAAUGGAGGUUUAUACCUGGGGUAAGGGUUCAAAUGGUCAGUUAGGCCAUGGACAGAAUAAUGAUAGAGAUUCACCUAAUCUUGUUAACUUUUUGAAGGAUAAGCAAGUUAGGAGCGUAGCAUGUGGCUCAAAUUUCACUGCUGUUAUUUGUCUGCAUAAAGGAAUGUCUUCUGCUGAUAAUUCUGUGUGCUCUGGCUGUCGCAACCCUUUCAACUUUAGAAGGAAGCGCCACAAUUGUUACAACUGUGGACUUGCCUUUUGUACAGCCUGCAGCUCUCGGAAAUCCAUGAGAGCUUCAUUGGCCCCUAGUAUUAACAAACCAUUUCGUGUUUGUGAUGAUUGUUAUAGCAAGUUACAGAAAUCUUUGAACUCUAGGUCUGCACCUCGAAUUCCCAAUGUCAAGAGUGCAACUGGGCUUUACAGGUCAUCGACAGAAAAGUUACCAGAAUCCAAACUCCUCCAUUCUGACUCAUUCAGUCUGGCUGAUGCUGGCAACAUUAAGAAUAUGAGUAGAGUAGCAUCAAGUGGUAGCAAUUUGUUCCUUUUCCAGAAUGUUGAUGACCAGAGAGUUAGUGCUUCCUCUAAAUCCCCCAAAGGCCCUACUGGAACAUCUAAAAUUCUUCCAUUAUCUCUUCCUAGUUCUAGAAUGGGUUCUCGGUCACCAUCUCCUGUCCAAGGAAAAUCACGACCACUGCAUGCUGCAACAAGCACUCUAUCCCUCAAUGGUCAUAAAGAUGAAUCAAGCGUUGGUGAUUUAAAGCAGGAAAACGAUAUUCUACAUGUGGAGAUCAAAUGUUUGAAAGCACAGGUGGAAGAACUAGCCAGCAAAUUGUGCAUCCUUGAAGCUGACCUUGAGUCAAAAUCAAAGCAACUGAAGGAGGCUACGGCACAAGCAGCAGAUGAGGCUGAGAAAAGUAGAGCUGCUAAGGAAGUUAUAAAGUCUUUAACUGCCCAGUUGAAAGAGAUGGCUGAAAGGGUGCCUGAGCCUGAGAGUCCUUCUACAGUGUACCACAAUUUAAAUGCUAAUGUAGAACAAGCAUCCGAGGAAUCUUACAUGCCGGGUAGUGGGAGGAAUGUGAACCGCCUACCCCCUGUCAGCACUGGGUCCAGUGCAAGCUCAAAUAAUCCAUCUUUAUCUAAUGGAGCCAAGGAUCAGUUGCAAAAACCUGAAAGGGUCAUACAAGAUGAACCAGGAGUAUAUAUUUCUCUCUGCUCCUCUCCUGGAGGUGGGAACGAACUGAGACGCGUUCGUUUCAGUCGGAAACAUUUCAGCGAGGAGCAAGCAGAGAAGUGGUGGGCAGAAAAUGGAACAAAAGUACUUGAACGACACAAUGUCCGACUCCCAACUUAAUUUGCAGCUUCUGUUGAUUUCACUAGACACUGAUGUUCUGACAUCCUAUAGAGUAGCAUCUAUUUUUUCUUUUUUUCUUUUUAGUUUAAACUUUGCCAUUCUCCCUUUCUGUAUCCUGACUAGCAUGAACAUAUCGACAACGUGGAACACAAGCAAGGGGGCAAAAAAAUGAAGAUUCCUUAGGUACAUUACUGAUGUAAAUUGUAUCCUUCGUAGCUGUACGAUUUGUUAGAGCUAAUACUUAGUGCGUUUAUGCCAUUCAGAAAAGAGAGCAAUUGUAGUUGGUGUUGCUUUUCCAAGACCUUCCCCUUCCCCUUGCUUUGCAUUUUAAGUUUAUGUAAAUUUAGUUUUUAACUAACAGAUUACACUUACCACACAACAGAUUACAGAUGUUCGGAAGGAAUGUGUAGUUUCAGAACGCGAUGAUUUGAAUUGGAGAAGAACAUAAAAUUGCU